CUGCAGUGAUGGGCACUGAUAGGUGGCACUGAUGGGCAUUGACAGGCAUCACUGAUGGACACUGAAAGGCAGCACUGAUAUAUGGCACUAAUAGGUGGCACUGAAAGGCAGCUCAGAUGGGCACUGAUGUGCACUGAUAUGUGGCACUGGCACUGUUCAGCACUGACAGCUGGCACUGAUGGACACUGACAGGUGGCACUUCUGGGGCCACACUGAUCAUCAGGGCACACUGAUCAUCAGUGCUCUGAUGAUCUCUGUCAGUGUGACAGCUCGAGAGGAGAGAAAUGUCAAUAACCGGCAUUUCCCUGUUUACAUGUGAUCAGCUGUGAUUGGA